AUGCCAAACGCAUACCACGUCCCAUUUUUUGAGGCCAUUAAGAUCCGUCGGUCUACCCUCGCCCUAGCCAAAGAGUCUCCCAUCUCUGAUGAGCGCAUCGUUCUUAUCGUCAACCACGCCAUCAAGCAUGCUCCGUCCCCAUUUUCCGUCCAAUCGUGCCGUGCCAUCGUCCUCUUUGGUGCCGAUCACGAAAAGAUGUGGGAAAUCGGUCACAACGAGAUGGAGAAGACGAUGCCCCCUCCCGUGUUCGCGAACUUCGUAGACAAGAUUGCCGGUUACAAGGCUGCUUAUGGAACUGUCUUGUUCUUCGAGGACACCAAAGCUGUCGAGAAGCUCCCACCCCCUCUUCAGAGCGUCAUUGGUAGCCACCCAGAGUGGUACGAACAUUCCAACGGCAUGAACCAAUACAUUGCCUGGACCGCCCUCUGCGCCGAAGGUCUCGCGUGCAAUCUGCAGCACUUCAACCCCCAGGUCAACAAGGCCGUCGCGGAGACCUGGAACGUGCCCGAGAGCUGGAACCUCCGCGCUCAACUGGUCUUCGGCAAGGCCGUCGGCCCACCUCGUGGUGGUGUUGAGAAGGCUUUCGCUCCUUUGGAGGGUCGUGUCCUGGUCCAUGGGAAUGGGAAGGAGAAUAUUGCUCCUAAAGGCAACUAG